UGACGUUUUGUGACUUUCUUACAAAUACAUUUUUACCUUUAUUUCUUGAAAGUUUUCUACUUAUCAAACACUUAAAGAAAUCAAUCUAAAAGUAAAACACGUGGCGCAUUGUAGAUUUCUAUGAUAACUCACAUUCUCACAAGUAUUUUAUCAACGCGCAUGAUCCAUUAAUUGUUUAGGCACACAAACCGCAAUAAUUGUAUCACGGAGAUAAUAAUUGAUAAAAGAAGACUCUUCUUUCCUGCUUAAUAUUGAAGUACUGUUUAAAAGACUGCGAUAAAUGCGACGUUUUUUGGUAAUUGAAGGAAAAUGGUAGACACAACAAGUGAUUCAAAACCGUAUCAACGAAAUUAUUGCAUUAAUAAAACACAAAAUAUGAGUCGUGCAGUGAAGAGAUAAGGUUUAUUAUUGCACAGCAAACUGUUCACCGGGUGCAUAACACAAUUGUCGCAGUGGUAGAAAAAUAGAUAAAGCAGUUAAUUCAAUUAAAGUGAUGUGUAAGGCUUCGAAGAGUAUGAUGGCAGUUCGCUGGCGACGUCCGAGGAGCUGAGUUGGGAAAAUGGCACAAGGUAAUUCUCUGAGUGAGAAACAUAUCGGUAGGCGCCGAGUGGUUCCGGUCAUCUAUUUACAAGGUUCCCAUUACGAAGUCGGAUACGAUGUGGGCCGUAAUUUUGCCUCCGUUAUACAAAGUUUUCUUAAAACAUAUCAAGGGUUGAAGGACUUUGAAAGGGAAUACAACACAGCCGCGGGGCGCGCCGCUUACGACAGCACACUGGUCAACAUGAAACAAAGGUAUCCCUACUACGUGAAGGAGAUACAAGGGGUGGCUGAUGGUGCAAAGGUUCCUUUCUACCAGUUGUUCUUACUGCACAUGGAUGAUAUUAUCGGUACAAUCAACGAUAAAAACUCAAACCGUGUUGACAGCGGCGGCUGCAGUGACAUCGCCUUUAAAUCACCGGAAAACGUGGUGCUCGGUCACACGGAAGACGCGCCGAUGGAAACAGUAAAUCAUUUCUACAUCAUGUCAGCGCAUGUCAUACCCACACCGGAAGAUAGAGAACUCGGUGCUGUCGAAGAGAGAUUUGCAUCGCUUUGCUACGCCGGCCAGCUCCCAGGCUACACGAUGGGCUUUAACGAACAUGGCCUCGUCUUUACUAUCAACACACUCAGUCCCCUCGUUCUAAAACCUGGCAAUACACCGCGCAUGUUCAUUACACGAGCUUUAUUGACGGCGAGGACUCCGGCUGAUGCUGAAAAAAUCCUCCUGGACGAGGGUCUGGGCAUCGGCAAUGGUUUCUCCACCAAUGUCAUAUGGACAUUUGAGAAUGGAGAGCGAGAUCUGAUGAACAUCGAGGUGGCGCCCGAUCUUGGCGCCAACAAAUCUAUUCUAAACAUCCAUAAGUAUACAAAUGAAACACUGAUGCAUUGCAACGCAUACCUACGUGAGAAAGUGCAGGAAGUGACGGGUGACAUAAUAGAUAGCAGCGUCACCAGGAUGAAGGCGAUCCACAGCCACGCACCGCCGCGCUCCCGCCGCGACAUCGAGAGUGUUCUCUCCGACACCACCUAUAAAGACUAUCCUGUCUUCCAGACCAGACUCGACGCCCCAAUACAGACUAUCGCCGCCGGUAUAUUUGAUAUGUCAGCCAGAACAUGGAGUAUUUACAUUGACAAGCCUGACAGCUCAGAGCCCGUUGCCAUCCUACCAAUCAGAUUUUCACAGUUAAAUAAAAAUCAUUAGAACCAUUUAUAUAUCAAUAAAAUUAUAAAUUACACAUUUACGGAGUGUCUACUUACAAAUGUUAUCUGUGUGGUGUUAUGUGUAGAGUUUUACUCAAAUUAUUCAAUUCAGUAGAGAAUUAGAGAGAGCAUUUAAUAAAGUAGAUUAUUUAAUUCAGUAGAAGAAAUAAUUUUCAUAUAAUAUUGCUUACAUAAAACCAAAAUAAAUGUUCCAUUACCAAAAAUCCAUAAAAAGCAUAAUGUUAUAUUCUUUAUUUCACAGACAAUAUAAUAUUUCACAUUACUCCAUAUAACUAAAUUUGUUUUUGUGUUUUUGUCAUUGAUAAAAUGCCAUCCAGCAUUUAAUAUGCAUUGUAUACAAAUUGUGUUUUAAAUAUUUCUGUGAUUGUAAUUUUUAUCAAUAAAGUUUACUCCUUC